GAGGGCAUGGAGCAGUCCAGCCCUCUCUGCCAAGCAGACCAAGCCAACUUGGAGGUCUUCCCCCACCAGCCCUUCAAUGCCUCCUCCUCUCCCUCCUCCCCGAACUGCAGCUGGCAAGAAAGCCCCGUCUACCAAGAUGGCACCCCACUCUCCUGGAAGGUGGUCCUCGCCGCCCUCUUGGCCCUCAUCACCUUGGCCACCAUGCUCUCCAAUGCCUUCGUCAUCGCCACCGUCUACCAGAGCCGCAAGCUCCACUCGCCUGCUAACUAUCUCAUCGCCUCCUUGGCCGUCACCGACCUCCUGGUGUCCAUUUUGGUCAUGCCCAUCAGCACCAUGUACACUGUGACCGGGAAGUGGACCUUGGGCCAAGUGGUCUGCGACAUCUGGCUCUCAUCAGACAUCACUUGUUGCACGGCGUCCAUCCUCCACUUGUGCGUCAUUGCCCUGGACAGGUACUGGGCCAUCACCGACGCGGUUGAGUACUCCACCAAAAGAACUCCCAAACGAGCCGCCAUCAUGAUUGCUCUGGUGUGGGUCUUCUCCAUCUCCAUCUCCAUGCCCCCGUUCUUCUGGCGCCAGUCCAAAGCUGAAGAGAUGGGCGACUGCAUGGUGAACACCGACCACAUCUUGUACACGGUCUACUCCACGGUGGGCGCUUUCUACUUGCCUACCUUGCUGCUGAUCAUCCUCUAUGGGAGGAUCUACGUCGAAGCCAGGUCUAGAAUCCUGAAACAGACGCCAAAGAAGAUGGGCAAAAGGUUGACCCGAGCUCACUUGAUAACGGAUUCCCCCGGUUCGACCUCCUCGGUCACCUCCAUAAACUGCAAGGCCUCUGAAGCUUCCAGUGAGACAGGGUCUCCGGUGUACAUGAACCAGGUCAAAGUAAAGGUAUCGGAUGCCUUGCUGGAAAAGAAGAAGCUGACAGCUGCCAGAGAGCGGAAAGCUACCAAAACUCUAGGGAUUAUUUUAGGAGCCUUCAUCGUGUGCUGGCUGCCCUUCUUCAUCAUCACCUUGGUAUUGCCUAUUUGUAAAGAUGCUUGCUGGUUCCACAUGGCCAUCUCAGAUUUUUUCACGUGGCUGGGAUAUCUUAAUUCAUUGAUCAACCCCAUCAUCUACACCAUGUCCAAUGAAGACUUCAAGCAGGCUUUUCAUAAAUUGGUACGGUUUCGAUGCACAAGCUGAAUUCUGAAGGCUUAAAUGCAUUCCAAGCCUUCAAAGUCGAGAGCAGGAGGCUUGAAUGCAUUUUGUGUGUCUGAUUCUGCAGGUAGGUGGAUCAUUCUUACCUGUGUUACUGUCUCUCUGGAAAGCAAUAUCUGGAAUGGCACAAUGGAAUUCAGUGCAGGGGAGAAGCAUGCAAACAUAGUGUAGCUUCUCCUUCAGUGUUGAAGUAGCUAUAAAACCUCUGAGCCUUGGUUAGAGAUGCUGACACCACUUAACGAUACUCCCUCUUGCUGAAGAAAGUUAUUUAGGCCAUAAAAAGAUGAUUUCUUCUGGAUUGUUAGAGCCAUUGUGGUAGGAGUUGGAGAGCUUUUGGACAACUUCUUUGGAGACACCUCCUUCACCCAGCGUGACUUGAACUAAAAGUUUGUCAUCUGAUCUCCUCUGCCAGGAGAUUGUUGCCUCUCAGCCAUCUGUGUUUGAAAGCCCUUUGCCAAUGUUUCACUCCUUUUUUCCUGCUAGCUUGCUUAAUUAAAGACUAUGCAGAGUGGACUGUAAGUGAAUUGUGCAUGCUGCUCAAAACCUUAGUAGUCAUACAGAGCAGAAAGACCUUGAAGAAUUGGCUCUGGUAAUCAGAAAAAGCUAAGCACUCCCUUACUUAUAGUUUAAAAGGCUUGGGGAAGAGUAAGGAAAUGAAUCAAAUAUUGAAUAGCCCAGCAUGAGAAAAGCAACUCAUUCUUAUUUGUAGUUUUUGUACUGGUGUCGUCAUCUUUUCUGUUUAAUGACUUGUCAAAUUGUAACCAAGAAAUCAAAUAGUGUGUAUGUGUAUAUGUUUGUGUGAGUUCAAGUCUGUACACUUGAGAGCCAAAGCCAGCAAGCAGCUUUGUUAUUAUUUUUAUUAGUACCUACCUAUAUGUUCCUAACAUCUUGUUGAUGACUCACGUACAAAGCUUCUGUUAAUUCACAUAUUAAUAUUAAUACAUAGAGACCAGUUAAUUCCAAACCUUCCUUUCUUAAUGCUGUCUUUGCUCACAAGCUCAACAUUGUUAGUCUGUCUUUGAAAAGAAAAUCUGGUGUUUAUUCCCUAUGUUGAUGCUAAUCAAACUGCAGCUAUCAAGAUUAAAAUGACACAUUAAAUGAGCCUCAUUAUUUCUUUUAGAAAAAGAGCCUUCCCACCCCAGUGCAAAGCAAUUUUCCCUUGCUCUGAUUUUAUAAGCAUAUUCCUUCCACUUCAGCUCUCCAUGUCAUAUUAAGCACCUUAAGGGACCUGCUCUCUUUUCCAGAAAUACUUUUCCAGAAAUCUCUUUUCCAGUAACACUCUCUAGUGAAGAACUCAUGCAGUUUAAAAUUCCUUCAUCAUUGUACUCUCUUCUUCUUACACGUCUAUCCCAAUCAAUUCUUCAGUCUUUUACAAAACUGGAGGAAAGAUUUUAACCACAUGGCCUAACCAGCCAUAUUAUUCACCUGGUAAAGCAGUAAGAAAAAACAGCUCUACCAGUUCCAGUGCUUAGAGCACUGUAAAGUUCCCCUUACAUUUGUUGUGGUGCAAAAGAUCAUAUUUGUACAGUACUUACUGCUUUGACUGAGCAUGGUAUUUAGAAAAUCAUGUUACAUCCUUCCUGUAUUCUGUAAUUCAUGUAUGGGAGACUGCUGAUUUCACACAUCCCCAGCCUUCAAGUUAGUGCACUUAUUUAAGUAGCUUAUAUUUGGCAGAACCUAAAAUCCUCUGUAUUACACUUGUCUCUCCUGUCCCUCCCCCUGCCACAGAUUUCAGUUCUGUCCAUAGCUGGAAAAUGACCAUAUCUGCCCAUUACACACUGUUGGUCACAAAAACAUGAAAGGCUUUGCCUAGAAUGUUACUGUUUGUCAGAAAACUAUGUUGCUUGUCUUCAUGAUGCCCCAAAGCAGAAAUAUUUUGGGUUUAAUGACAACACAUUGGAUAGAUUUUGCUUUGUCUAUCUGUGAGGAUUAGUCAGGAAAUCAAAGUAAGGCGCCCUGUUAUCUGCUUUUCCCUUUAUAUAAGGACAUUAUUUGAAAAUAAAUAACCAUUAUUCCUCCAGCGACAACUUGCAUGUAUGUGUGUGUGUAAGGGUGACCUUCUAUAUAGAGGGUCUAGAGAGUUCGAGAGAUGUUACCCUUCUGAGUGCAACAUCUUUCUUCUGCCCCAUCUAAUGUUAAACUAAUGGCAUCCGGUAGAACCAUGUCAUUGAGAUGGUGAAUAAUAUACUCUAUAUUUUCACCUAAAUUAUAAGAAGCUAUCCAAGGCAUUGAGAUUAUUUUGAUGGUAGACUAUACAGAGAACUCCUUUAAAGUUUAGACUGGAAUCUGGAAUGGAUUUAUCUCCCCAAUGACAUGGAACUAUGAGCUACUAUUCUGUUGGAAGAACCACCUGAAGAGGCACUACUACAGCUCUGCUAUUCCAGAAGAAUGAAAUUUCCUUGCCAUUUCCCCACAGAAACAUAAUGGCUAACAGAAUAUCAUAAGCAAAAACCCUGUUCCCGAACCUAACAAAUCCUUGUUCCAAGGGGAUUAAAGUCUAAGUGCUAUCAGAGAGGAGGCAAAGGCAAGGAUAAUAGAUGGAGGAAAAGAGAGAGAAAGCAAGGGAUGAUAGAAUGAAUAUGAAGAAAUGCAAAAAUAUGUUCUUGUCAUUUGUAUUGAAUCAAAAUGCAGUUGAAAGUGGGUUGGAUUUUAAAGAAACGUCAUUCAGUUCUAUUCACCUGAGAUGGAGGAAAAAGAGAACAAAUGCUAUAUUGAUUUUUCAAGCACUUUUUCUACAGUAUUUCUGAUUUAUGUGGAUUUAUGUACAAAGUUCAGUGUCUGUGUGUAUGUAUUACAAUGUCUGGAGUCAAUUCAUUUCCCUCUUUUUUAAUGGAAAGAGUUGCUGAUCUCAUUCUGAAGGGCCAGAAGUAUCAAACUUUGCACUUAAAUGAACCAUGCAUGAAACAGUGCAGCUACUCCAAAUUGGCUGUUUGUGAAAAGCAGAAAAUUGUUCAAGAAAUGCAUAUAUAUUAAAAACAGCAGAUCUGAGUACUGUAACAAUGAGAUCUAUAAUUCAGCCAGAAUGUUUCACAUACAUGGCUGAAUCUGACACAGGGAAUGAAUUGCUUAUCUCAUAAAAAUUGGUAUUGUUUGCACUAUUACAGUCUCCUUCGUAGCACCUUGCGAUCCUGUUUUAGGAACACAGGAGGAGAAACAUGGAAGUCUUAUCCUUACAUCUUCUUAAUUAAUUGGGAAUAAAAGAACAGCCAUUUGAUGUUGUGACUAUAUAGCGUAGUUCAUAUCUGUAUCACUGAUACCUCAUCAAACACUAAGGAUCUAAAAUCAUCUGAAACACUGACUGUUUGGUGUUGUGAUCCCACAGGAUGCUAAAGAAGUGGGGGUUUUUCCUACUAUAUCAUCUGCAAAAUAUAUGUCUAACCCAAAUCUGAAAAAAACUGAUGCUACUGAAGAUUUAUCCUACUUCAUUAUAUAUUUUUACUCAUUAUUUUUCUAAGGUUAUAGAUAGGUAAUCUCUACAUAAUAAGCCCAGCAGUCAAAAUGAAAAAAAAAAAUCAGAAUAUAUUUCAUCUGCUUUGAUGGGAUUGCUUUGUGAGUGUCCAUUCUAACUGUAACAGAAAAUCAAACAAUAAAAAGCUUUACUGUCUUCUGAA